AUGUCAUCAAGCAUACCACCAAGUGUGCGUAAGGCAUCGCGCCUUCAACUGGCCCGAAGAGUGAAGAAAGCUGUGCCAGCCACGAAAGAAGCCACCCGACAAUUAUUCGCAUUCAUACGACUGUUAUUCUCCCUGGACUAUACGAAGCUUGACGUUCUUCUCAUCGCUGCCGGUACCUUUUUUGCCAUUGCCUCGGGCAUUCCUUUUCCCCUCCUGGGCAUCGUUUUCGGUGAAUUGAUCAACGAUCUCAACACAACGACCUGCUCCGAGUCCGCAACGGCGUCGAGCGAUGUCACAGAUAGCGUGCGACGGAAGGUGUUCUACGUCAUCUACCUCACCAUCGCCAACUUCUGCUUCAUCUACAUCCACUGCAGCUGCUGGAGUUUUGUCAGUGAACGUAUCGCCCGAAGAUACCGCCGACGCUUCUUCCAGAGCAUCGUCAGACAAGAUACGGCUUAUAUUGAAGGACUCCCCUCUGGCGAUGUUAUAUCACGGCUGGUGCGCGACGUUGAAGUCGUGCAGUCCGGUACCUCUGAAAAGGUCGGCAUUCUGAUUUCAACGGUCUCAUACUUCGUCACCUCGUACGUCGUCGCGUUCAUCAAAGCCCCCACGAUCGCGGGCAUGCUGGUCUCGUUGGUGCCCUGUUACUUCUUGAUGUCGUACGUUGGAGGUUAUUUCAUCCAGAAAUACUCGAAUCGUAUCAACGAACACGUCGACGCCGCCACUACGAUUGCUUCCUCUAGUCUGUCACAUCUGCCUCUCGUCUGUGCCUUUAGCUCUGGCGAUCGUCUUGUGAAGCUAUUCUCUGAUCACCUUCUCGGGUCACGAAUGGACGCUCUCAAAAAGGCCGGCACACAUGCCGUUCAACUGGGUCUCCUGUACUUCAUCGCUUACAGCUCCAAUGCUUUAGCCUUUUGGGCUGGUUCUCGUUUGAUCGCCGACUCGGUGGAAUCAGAUCGAGGUGACGUAUCCGUGGGCGCGGUUUACACUGUCAUUUUCGUCCUGAUCGACGCGUCUUUUAUUCUCAGUCAAGUUGCACCAUUCGUUCACACCUUCGCCGCUGCCGCCGGCGCGUCCGAUCGACUGCAAUCGGUCAUACACAGGGAGUCUCGUAUUGACGGCACGUCAGAGACAGGCGCCAAAUCUGCUCCCUUCGGUGAGGAGAACAUUGUCUUUCAUGACGUGCACUUCACCUAUCCGUCUCGUCCUGAUGUGCCCGUCUUGAAUGGAAUCAACCUGACAAUCCCCCCUCGGAGGCAUACAGCGAUUGUGGGACCAUCUGGAGGUGGCAAGUCUACCGUGGUGUCGCUUCUAGAGCGUUUCUAUGAUCCUUCAAUGGGUGAGCUGCUCAUCGGUGAUCAAAGCUUUCGAAAUUUGAACGUCAAGUAUCUUCGAGGCAGUAUCGGAUAUGUACAGCAAGAACCAACACUGUUCGACCGCUCCAUUCUGGAAAACAUUGCCGACGGAUUGGCGAAUUCCUCCAACGAAGGUCACAGGGAUUUAGCUCCCUUUGUCCUAGAUUCCACGCUGGCUGAUCUGGCAGCAAGCAUACGCAAUGGCACAGCGGAAAACGAAGCCAUCGAAGGGCAUGACCCCAAAGUAGCUAGAAUUGUUGAACUUGUUCGACAAGCCGCAGCGAGUUCAAAUGCAUUGGCCUUCAUUGAAACACUCCCACACGGCCUGGCCACCAAUACAGGCUCUGCCGGUAGUCAACUGAGUGGUGGACAGAAGCAGCGAGUUGCCCUUGCACGCGCCCUGGUUCGUGAACCCUCGCUUCUUAUUCUCGAUGAGGCGACAGCAGCAUUGGACUCGAACAGUGAGAGCCUGAUUCAGGAUGCGCUGGCGAAACUUCAAGACCGCGUCACCAUGGUAUCCAUCGCUCACCGAUUGGCAACCGCCAAAGAUGCCCACAAGAUUGUGGUCGUUGACAAAGGCCAAGUAGUUGAAGAGGGUUCUCACGUUGAACUGGUUGCGAAAGGCGGUGCUUAUGCUAAAAUGGUCGAGUUCCAAAACCUGGAGACGGUGGAUAUGCCAGCGAUCCCUGAGGCAUAUGUGAGCCGUGACACCAGUUCCUCUGUCCACGGCGAAUUGGAUGGCUCGGGUGCCAAAGAAAUGGCGGCCAAUGUUAGCCUUUCUAAGACCCCUGGAGAGGAAACGAAGACGCAGGCCGGGUCAGACGAGACGGUGGAGGGGGGUGACAAAGCAAAGCCCCCCAGGUGGUUCACCUUGAAGUUCACAUUCGCUUUGGUUCGCCCCAAUCUGGGUUACCUCGUCCUCGGUCUUUCUGCAUCUGUCGUUAUUGGUGGCAGUUACAUAGCGGAAGCUGUCAUCUUCGGUCACACUAUCAGCAGCUUAAGCCUUUGCACCGGGGCCGAUAACAUCCGCCACGGAGGGCACUUGUAUGGACUUUUGUUCUUUGUCAUGGCUUUGGUCGAGUUCUCGGCAAACAUUGUCAGUGGAUGUGCAUUUGGCUGGGCUGCCGAGAAGAUCCUGACCCGAAUCCGAAUCCUCUCCCUUCGAUCUCUCUUGAGCCAGACCAUAACAUGGCACAACACGGAUGGCCGCACUCCCGGAACGCUGAUUAGUUAUAUCAUCAGUGAUGCUAGUGCACUGAGCAAUAUCUAUGGCUCUACGAUCGGUCUUCUCCUUGCCGCUGCUGUCAAUCUGGUUGCUGGAAUCGUCGUUUCCUUCAUCCUCGCAUGGAAGAUCGCUAUCGUGCUCGCCCCCUGCAUCCCAGUCCUCCUUGCUUCGGGCCUGAUGAAGCUUCGCACGCAAGCCAAGUUCGCUGAGCGACAUCAGAAGGCAUUUGCUCAAGCAACUUCCAUCACUGUUGAAGCCGUUGACAAUAUUCGGAUAGUGUCCGCUUUCUCCUUGGAGAGGCAGUCAAACGCCCGGUACGAGCUGGCAUUGCGAGAACCCUAUCGCGAGACCCUGCGUUCAAUUGCAUUCGGCAACAUUUUCUUGGCCCUGGCCUUCAGCAUCAGCAAUCUCGUAUAUGCUCUGGCUUACUGGUGGGGUACCCGACAAGUGGUGGCCGGUCUCUAUUCCCAAACCCAGUUCUUCAUCAUUCUGCCUGCUCUUCUGUUUAGUACCCAGUCAUGCAGUCAGAUGCUCGCCCUUGCACCCGACAUUUCCAAGGCAGGACUUGCUGCAUCCAACAUCACGGAGCUGCUCACUACAAGGUCAGCGGAUGACGAGCUGAACCCUCAGAGCUCAGGCAAAAACCACCGAGACUACAAACUGCUCCUCUCUGAGAAAUCCCAUGACAUGGAGGCGGCAGAUUCCAGGCCAGAUGGAACAGUUCCCAGCGUUCCGGUUUCAUCCGGCCAGGGCAUGAACAUUCAGCUGCAAGACGUCCACUUCGAGUACCCGUCACGACCGGGGCAGCCGGUACUCUGCGGAGUCAACUUGAACAUUCAAGCUGGCCAAUUUUGUGCCUUGGCUGGUUCCAGUGGAUCGGGCAAGUCUACAAUCUUCGCAAUGCUGGAGCGGUUCUACCGUCCUAACCGUGGAGCCGUGCUGAUGGACGGGACCGACAUCACACGCCAGCUUGGAACCGAGUUCCGAGACGAUAUAGCUCUUGUUCCCCAAGAGAACGUACUCUUCGAGGGCUCCAUCGCCUUCAACCUUGGUCUAGGCGCUCGACCUGGCCACCAGCCAAGCCAGGAGGAGAUGGAGGAGGCUUGUCGCGCGGCCAGUAUUCACGACGUGAUCAUGGCGCUACCCGAAGGUUACCAAACAAAGUGCAGUCACGAUGGCAAGCAGUUCUCUGGCGGUCAGCGACAGCGACUAUCGAUCGCACGUGCUCUAUUGCGCCGCCCACGUCUGCUGUUGCUCGACGAGUCUACCAGCGCUUUGGAUGGCGAGUCAGAGAGGCGGAUUCAAGAUGCGCUUAUGGCUUUGCGAGGUCGCACAACUAUCGUCGCCAUCGCGCAUCGCUUGAACACCAUCCAGCGCGCCGACCGCAUCUACUUGAUCGAGGGAGGUCAGUGUGUGGAGCAGGGCACCCAUAAUGAGCUUAUUGCGCGCAGCGAAACAUAUCGCACAAGUGUCAUCCAACAAUCCAUCCAAUCCUGA